CUCGGAAAUCGGCUGCGCUGGGGAGCAGCGGGAGCGAGGGGCCACUCCGCUGCCGGAUGCAGUGACCGUGGUAAACGUCUUGAGAACUGUGGAUUGCGUUGCCUUUAUGAUGCCGUAUUAUCUUGGAACUCUGGCCAAAAAUGGAACUAGUGUGGCAAUAAUGAGUUUUAAACAAGGAAACAAGUACACAAACCUACAAAUUAAAAAAAAAGCAUGAAAAAGACCCUUUUUAUGUUGUGGACUCUCUCGAAAUGUUUGACUUGGUGGUGGGGGUCCUGACAGCUGAGCCGAAAGAAUGACCCCAAAGUGGGUGCUCAAAGUCCAGAGCUGUUACUGGGUCCCUGACCUCUUCUGUGAGCUGGCCAUCCCCCUCAGGAAACUGAUUUAAUCCUUUAUGGAUUUUUUGUUCAGUUUAUAGUUUCCAGGAGGUAAAUCUUGUAAUGCUUUGCUCUUUUUCUUUUAAAGUAAAAUGUCAGUAGGUGCAUUUUUUUACUUAAGUAAAAAGAAAAAAAGUGGGGCAGGAGAGAAGGAACCAGGGAAAGGGCUGUUUAGAAAUACAGUUUGUGGCUCUGAGCGAUGCCACCGGCUUCCUCUACAGAGACUGCCAGUUUCCCUUUUUCUUUGCAAGGUGUGUGUGGUUUUAAUAAAUAACUUUAAAAAAAAGUAAGAGGGGGGCCCGCAGGAUCGGUCAGGAGACAGGUAUCUAUUUUGCUCAUUAUUUACUACUAAGAGCCUUUGGCACUGGAACAAAACCUCGUAAAUCUGCAACCCAAGUUGAAGUUCAUCUGGCCCUAGUCCACCCGCUAUUCCUGGAGGUAGCAAACAUGAGCUCAGAGGAACGAGGUGAAAUCACAUUCUUGCUUUAAAAUAUAUGUGUUUUUUUUUUUUUAAAGGAGAAAAGAUAUUUGUCUCUGGGGGAGGAGGAAAUGGAAAGGGAGUACCAGGAGAUGGGCAUUCCCUUGCUAAAAUGACUGUAGUUGAGUCUUCAGGCCAAAAUAGAAACCUGAAGAUGGGAAAUAGUCCUCCCUCCCCCCACUUAUAAAUAGAAGGUUCCAAUAUCCUAUUUGGAAGAUUUCCAAUACUGCAGGCCCAAGCAUUGACUGGUUUUAAGGGUCUGUUGGUAGCGACGAUAAGGCUAGUAGCUGUUUGUAAAAACCGGGCAACUUGAAGAAGGCAGCUAGAAGUGGGAAUUCUCCAAUUGGCCAUUUCCUCUAUGCUCAGUUUUGAAGGGUUCUACCCCUUGCUUUCUUGAAAAGCCUGUCCCAUUUUUAUUGUGGGUUUGGUUGACAGGAAUGGGACUCUAAACUCUUAAGCUGUCGUUUGCUGAGCCUUAAAGAGUUCCAGUUAUUGGUUGAGUAAAUGGUAGCCAUGGCUAGAUGUCAAAAUUCUUCCUUCCCUCUCUCCUUUGCCGGGUAGCCACACUCACAACCCACUUUGUUGUGAAAAAUUUAGCGAUUCAGAGGAGGUGGUGCGGCAGCGCCACCCCUCGGUGGGUGAAACUAUCUAUUUGCAAAAGUCAAAUAUUUGAAAAAUGUUGUGAAAUGACCUUAUGAGGAUUUUUUUUUUUCUUUAGGAAGGGGAGAUAAAACUAGCUUUUUAAACAAGGACUUUGUAGUUGAUCUCUCAAAAGGAGGGAGAAAAGCUAGGAUGGUGUCAUAAUAGGCGAAGUAGUUCGAGUGUGUGUGUGUGUGUGUGUGUGUGUGUGUGUGUGUGCGCGCGCGCUCUCGGGGAGGGUUGCCUGGUUGGCUUUAAGUAGGCGAGUUCUCCUGGCGGAGGUAGCCCCCCUUCCCUCUUGGACUUGACCUCUCAGGGCACCCGAAUUCUGCUGUCUGUCUGAUAUUGAGACAAGGAGGAAUGUUUUGGUGUAAAAAAACCAUAGCGACUGGAAGUCCUGUCGUUUUGCUGGCGGUGAAGAUGGUGUAUGUGGGGGUGGGUCGGGGAGGGAGGUUUGUGGAUGGACUGGGGCAAUGGUAGGCUGAUCCGUAGCCGGGUUUGGAGUCCUCUGGGAGUCAAAGUAGUGUGGCGCGUGCCAGUUGCCUGCACUGCGCAACAAGUGGGAAAGCCGCCGCAGUGAUCCGAGCGAGGGUGCUGUGUUGUGGGAAAGCUGGCCGGUUUCUCUUCGCCCCACUGGAAGCCAGGAACGGCUCCUCCCAGCCCUCCCCGCCUCCCACUCUGAGACGAGAGCCCCACCAAAAGACCAACUCGUCCCCACUCCCCCAUCCCCGGCUUAGCCGAGCGCUGUUAAGCCUGCCCUUGGCCUCCAGGACCCCUUUUCUACGUGGGAAUCAGUUUAUUCCCGACUUUUUUGCUGGUCGACCAGUGUUUGGCAGAAAGCUCUGGUAAUGCCGUCGAGUGCCUUCUGCUUUUUGAAGACAUGUGCACCUUUUCUUUCUCUUCCCAAUACAUUCAGCCUUUCGGGCUGGAAGAAUCAAGGUAUAUACAUAAUACAUGAACGCAGCUCCAGAUACCGCGUUUCUGUUGCUAGAGGCCUGAGCAUCGGGAAUAAGGAAUUACAUCUAGUAAAUUCAGUGUUUUCCAGCUUUGCCCUAUAGAGGCACCCCCCCCCCUCCCUUAAGAGACAACAACAGCAAAAAGGUGGGGGGCAGUCGGGUGUGAAAGGCUGUGGUCGCGCGGCGAUUUUCUCACGGACUGAGUCCGCCACCUAGUGGUAGGUCCUGGCUGAGUUCCCCGCCUAGGGCAGUGGACCGACCGCGUCACCUACGGGUCCCCAAGUAUCCCAACCAGGUGCUAGGACUGACAGAGGGAGGGUACCCUCCAAUGAGGAUGACACCCAACCUCCAAAGUUUUGGUACGAUGGAUAAAAAUUAGAAAGCCUGCGGAUGCUUGCUCCAUCCGCAGCCACUCAGCGACUGGCAUCUGCCUCCGCUAAGAGAACCAAGAAGUACCGGGUUCUGAAAACACGAUUUCCCAGUCGCUGUGGCCUCUCCCCCGGAAAAGUCAAUAGUGGAGGGAUGCCACAGGGGCUCUAGGACAUAUGUCGCUUUACAAUUGAGGAAACAGGCCUGAUGAGAGGGUUAAUGGUGAGUUAGUGACCUAACCGGAACCAGAUUUUAAGCUUCUGAAUUCCAGGUCAGUGACUUAAAAGUCAAAGGCGAGUUUAUCUCCGCCCCUUUGAGUUAUCUAAGAGAAAGGAGCAGAAGUCAGAGGGAGCCAUGAUUUUAACCUCUUAGGUAACCGUUGUUGGAAAGGGCUCCCCAGCUGUCUCCGAGGAAUUUGUUUAGAAAGCAUGGCCCAAGAUUUUCAGUAACAGACAUGAAAAGCCUACGGUAGUGCUCAGGGGUGGGGGUCUCAGUUCUUGGGAGGGGGCUGUGUGUGUGUUAGGGCGUGAUUAAAGCCCAGUCCCUAGACUUGCAGAGAUGAACCUCGCUGCUCCCGAGGCUCGCAUUUGGAUCCUGAAAUAGCUCUCUUCCCCUUCUUUCCAAACUUUGCUUAGUGGCUUGGCGAGAAAUCAAUUGUGUGUGUGGGUCCUAUGGACAGGCAGAGUGAAAUCCACAACAGCUUCUCAGCAAAGUUUUCUUUCUCGGAGCUCAAAAUUUAAGAUGGCAAACGCGCGACUGCGUGCUGGCGACCCCUAGCGACCGCAGGCGCGCACACCCGCGGGAGAAGCCGUUGUUUCCACCGCCCUGGUCCGCCGGAAUCGAGUUCCGCCUCUCCCGCUGCGGGAGCUGUUGGAGGCCGCGUCGGAGAAACGCGCCUCUGUUCGGGUUGGAAACGAAUCUGGGGACGUGUUUGAAGAGCGGUCAAGUUUGACUCAUCGCUUUCCAAGGACAGUUAGUGCCUUCCAUCUUCAUUAACGUGAAUAAAGACCUUGGCUGACUUCUGUCCAGAUCGGAUUUUUAAAAGCAUUGUUUGCCUGGGGAGAUCAUGCCUCUCCUCUCUCCCGCCAGACCUUUUGCAAAGGCCGAGCCCAGUCCAGCCAGGAUGGCCAAAAUAUCUUUGCUCGUGGUCUGCUGGCAUCGACUGCCGGCCCUUUCAGGAAGGCCGUCACGAGCUGGGCGCCUGGGGAGCGUCCCUUCUGCAGCUCCUCUUCAGAUCUUGAUGAUAAAACACAUCCCUCUAUUUUAUUGCAUUUCCUAGAAGCUUGCAGGCUUGCAAGAGCGCUGUUGGCAGGAAGUGUGAUAGAAAUGAAAGUCAGGACAUAAUGUCCCUGAACACCUCCUCGGUCACCCAAAGCGGCUGCCGAAGCCACCGCGUUAUCAAAUUCACUUUCAUCUACUGUCUUCCUACCCUCCCACCCCCCAGCCAAGAGCGCGAGGAGUGUUUCUCCCCCAAAACAAAAACAACUCGGCGGUUUGACCCUAUCCCGCCACCUCCAGAUCACCAUGGCUAGACCCGAGCAGCUAGCUCAUUAGCUGAGACGCUGCGGAGAAAGGGAGCGCUCCGGAAGGAGCCCUGAUGCUGGUUCCCCUGCGGCAGCUCCAGCCUUAUUAAAAUCCCCCGUCCCUGCCCCUAAAGAGUGCUUUGCACUUCCAGAUUCUCCUUUGGAUUUCUCAACGAGUUAUUGGAGUUAUUAGAUUACCAAUAAUCCAAAACCCGAACGGGAUAUUGAAGGGGGAAGCGCGGAAGGCAUUCUCCAAAUCGGGAGACUGUGUCUAAACUAGGUCAAUGGGAAGGAGGGGCGGGGCGACAAGGAGUUGUCGGUUUUAAGCCUUGAUGGAGGGCUCCCUCUAGUGUUAGGCAGCGGUAAAACAUGAUUAGGUUUGAGCUAGUCCCGGAACCACGGGACUCCUAAUUUCCAAUAAGUGCAUUUACUUAAUUUUAGCUUCCCUUCCUAGAUUCUCAUCCCAUCCCAUAUUAAAUUUCAGCCUUCGCUUUCACCUUUAUCCCACCGGGCGAAGGGAUGAGAAAGUGGGAUUUUAUGAAGCCAAAGAGGCCCAGUCUUUACUGACCCCGCCUCCGCUGCUGAUGCGAUACGCGGCGCACUGUGACGCUACCCGCCAGUUUUAGGAGUGGACUGCGGCCUUACAGGUUGCAUCUUUCGCGCCCCCUACUCCCCACCUCCCGGCCCCCAAAAGUGCCUCUCGGAGCCCGAUACUGAGACCGAUUAGGCGAUGACGCCCAGGGAUUAUAAUUCCGAGGAAGGCCACGGGAAGGCGAGGCCACCUUGGAGCGCGCCCGUGAACGCGAUAGGGUUUGCGCCCAGGCCCCUGCCGAAUCCCGACCUUUUCUCCAUGGUUUCGGAGAAAUCGGAUUCGGAAAUUCUGAAAUCUGGCCAGGUUCGGCCUGACAGCUCCUAUUCUAAAGAUCUUAGGCGGAAACCGAGCCGAGCUGGGUUCGCCUUCUUGCCAACGUAGGCGGAAGGGGCUUUCGGUUUAGUUUUCCUCCAACUCGGCUGGGGCGCGCUGGAUGGAGACCCUCAGUCCUCGGGACUCCAUCUUUUUGACCUUGAGGCCUCGCCUAACCACUCCCUUUAAAACAGGGGGAGGGACGGGGGGCACGCAAAAUGAGAGAAAGAGAGAGAAAAAAAGACACACCAGGCAAACAAACACCGGAAUUCGGCAACUUGAAGUCAUGAAAUAAGCCUGGGAUUGGACUCGAAAUCCUGGGUUCUAGACCAGCUGUGCCUGACUGUCCCUAUUUAUAAAAUUGUUAUGGGGAAGGGGUUGAACUAGUGAACUAUAGGAGUCCAGGACCGGGAGCGGACGAGGUAUUUAGGGGAAAGUGUGCCGUAUUCCUCGCAAGCCUCCUCCCCGGGCGCCCAUCCCCUCCGCCAACCUCGCCGGGUGAAUCCCCGGCGGCCCGCGCGGCGCAGGCUGCGAUCCUGGCGGCCGUCCGGGCCGGCAGCUUCCUGGAAAGUUACUUCUCGUUGGAGCCGGCGAUAGGCAGAGAGUGUUCUUUGAAAUCCGCUGAGUUGAGAUCGACUACGUUCCGGGAAUGAGAGGGUUGUGCCAUUCCCCUCACUGCCCCCUGCCUUGACGGCGUAACAGGAAAAAAAAAAAAAAAGAAAGAAAAAAGGCACACAUAAUGUUCGUUACCGAGGUGCACGAAAAGUUUUUUUUGAAUGUAACCAAAUUAAGGGCUGCCACCGGGGUACCGCCGGGCCUCCGCCGCUCCUGCGGGGGAUUCGAGGUGGACGGGCCGCGGUGCGGGCAGCACGCCCGGGGGUGGGCGGUCCCUGGCAGACAGGUUUUAAGCAAAAUUUUGGACUGUGAAUCAAGGCAGUGGGUGAAGAAAAAAAAUGGCCUCGCCGGCUGACAGCUGUAUCCAGUUCACCCGCCAUGCCAGUGACGUUCUUCUCAACCUUAAUCGCCUCCGGAGCCGCGACAUCUUGACGGAUGUUGUCAUCGUGGUGAGCCGGGAGCAGUUCCGAGCCCAUAAGACGGUCCUCAUGGCCUGCAGUGGCCUGUUCUACAGCAUCUUCACAGACCAGCUGAAAUGCAACCUCAGUGUGAUCAACCUGGAUCCUGAGAUCAACCCGGAGGGGUUCUGCAUCCUCCUGGACUUCAUGUACACGUCUCGGCUCAAUCUGCGGGAGGGCAACAUCAUGGCCGUGAUGGCCACAGCUAUGUACCUGCAGAUGGAGCAUGUUGUGGACACUUGCCGGAAGUUCAUCAAGGCCAGUGAAGCAGAGAUGGUCCCUGCCAUUAAGCCUCCCCGUGAAGACUUCCUGAACAGCCGGAUGCUGAUGCCCCAAGACAUCAUGGCCUAUCGGGGCCGGGAGGUGGUGGAGAACAGCCUGCCCCUGAGGGGCGCCCCUGGCUGUGAGAGCAGAGCCUUCGCCCCCAGCCUGUACAACGGCCUGUCCACGCCGCCAGCCUCGUACCCCGUGUAUGGCCACCUUCCGGUCAGCAGCUUCCUCUUCUCCGACGAGGAGCUGCGGGACGCCCGGAUGCCUGUGGCCAACCCCUUCCCCAAGGAGCGGACCCUCCCCUGCGACAGCGCCAGGCCAGUCCCCAGUGAGUACAGUCGGCCGGCCAUGGAGCUGUCCCCCACUGUGGGCCACAACAACGUGUACUCACCCAAGGAGGCAGCCCUGGAGGAGGCACGGAGUGACAUGCACUACAGUGUGGCCGAGGGCCCCAAGCCUGCCGCCCCCUCGGCCCGGAGCGCCCCAUACUUCGCCUGUGACAAGGCCAGCAAAGAGGAAGAGAGGCCCUCGUCGGAGGAUGAGAUUGCCCUGCAUUUCGAGCCGCCCAAUGCACCCCUGAACCGGAAGGGUCUGGUUAGCCCGCAGAGCCCCCAGAAGUCCGACUGCCAGCCCAACUCGCCCACGGAGUCCUGCAGCAGCAAGAACGCCUGCAUCCUCCAGACCUCCGGGUCCCCUCCGGCCAAAAGCCCCACUGACCCCAAAGCCUGCAACUGGAAGAAGUACAAGUUCAUCGUGCUCAACAGCCUCAACCAGAAUGCCAAACCAGAGGGGCCCGAGCAGGCUGAGCUGGGCCGCCUUUCCCCUCGAGCCUACACUGCCCCGCCGGCCUGCCAGCCGCCCAUGGAGCCCGAGACCCUUGACCUCCAGUCCCCAACUAAGCUCAGCACCAAUGGGGAGGACUCCACCAUCCCACAGGCCAGCAGGCUCAAUAACAUCGUCAACAGGUCCCUGACCGGCUCCCCACGCAGCAGCAGUGAGAGCCACUCUCCGCUCUACCUGCACGCCCCCAAGUGCACGUCCUGUGGCUCUCAGUCCCCGCAGCACGCAGAGAUGUGCCUCCACGCCACUGGCCCCACGUUCCCCGAGGAGCUGGGAGAGACCCAGUCCGAGUACUCAGAUUCCAGCUGUGAGAAUGGGGCCUUCUUCUGCAAUGAGUGUGACUGCCGCUUUUCUGAGGAGGCCUCCCUCAAGAGGCAUAUGCUGCAGACCCACAGUGACAAACCCUACAAGUGUGACCGCUGCCAGGCCUCCUUUCGCUACAAGGGCAACCUCGCCAGCCACAAGACCGUCCACACGGGUGAGAAACCCUAUCGCUGUAACAUCUGCGGGGCCCAGUUCAACCGGCCAGCCAACCUGAAAACCCACACCCGAAUUCACUCCGGAGAGAAGCCCUACAAGUGCGAAACGUGCGGAGCCAGAUUUGUCCAGGUGGCCCACCUCCGUGCCCACGUGCUCAUCCACACUGGCGAGAAGCCCUAUCCCUGUGAAAUCUGUGGCACCCGUUUCCGGCACCUUCAGACUCUGAAGAGCCACCUGCGAAUCCACACGGGAGAGAAACCUUACCAUUGUGAGAAAUGUAACCUGCAUUUCCGUCACAAAAGCCAGCUGCGUCUUCACUUGCGCCAGAAGCACGGUGCCAUUACCAACACCAAGGUGCAAUACCGUGUGUCCGCCACUGACCUGCCCCCGGAGCUCCCCAAAGCCUGCUGAAGCAUGGAGUGUUGAUGCUUUCCAUUCGAGCCCCUUCUCAGAAUCUACCCAAAGGAUACUGUAACACUUUACCAUGUUCAUCCCAUGAUGUAGUGCCUCUUUCAUCCACUAGUGCAAAUCAUAGCUGGGGGAGUGGGGGGGGGGGGGGGGGAGGG